AUGACCCCCGCCUCCAUCCCCACCCAGGCUGAAGGAUCCUUAUUUGUAUGCUGCUCCAGUGAGACUCUGGGCGAUGCGCUUACAUGUUUUCAUUCCAUGAGAAGUAAUGGGAGACUCAGGGCGCCAAGGUCUGAGAUCCCGGGGCCGAACGGGAAGAAGGUGGCCAACCUUUCUGCCAAGCACAAGGAGAGCAUUAAGUUGCCCGAGUACACCGACGGUAACGGCAAGUCCUUCCCAAUCAGCGAAUUCAUCAACCACCCAUCAGGCGUGGAGUCAAUUCUAAACACCAGAGCGUUGCAGAGCAUAGAACGCCUGGAAACGAGCACAUACAGGUUCACCUCGCACCAGAGCUUCACCUCGCACAUUUUUACUGCAGCUACUCCUCAAAAUUUUCGCCCAUUUCUGUAACUGUGGGUGGCAAGAUGAUCGGGCGCCGCCGUUCCGACAGCUGCCUCGAACUUGUGCGAAGCUCUAAAUGUCCAAUGAGAAACCUCGGCUGCACACUUCCAGACGUCGAAUUUGGCCUCACUCCAGGAGCCGACGCCUAUUCGAUUGCUUGGUUUGACACUCCCGUCGAUUGUAUUAUCCCCACUCCUCUUCUUUUUCCCGGCCUCUCCCUCUUGUUGGAUCGUGUGUCCCAGCCAUAAACCUGACUCUAUAGAGUAAUCCGCGAUCAACCCGAUUGUCAGCGUAAACAUUUCUCACUGCAAGGGGGGGGAGUUGCGGGGUCGUGUGAGCUGAGCUUUCGGUCGUCGGAGUUUAUCUGAAGCCCGUCUUUGACUGGCGCAGGUGCACUUUACCGACAAUAAACUUCUUGAACUUUGAGGUGGUGCCGGUGAUCGUCCUGCGUGUGACCUCAACAAGUGAUGACUGCAUGGUCGAAAUGCUGUCUUGCAAGGUAAACGGAGCCCAACUUUCCUGCAGAUUCUGAAACCUAUUAAGAGAAGCUUUAUCGUUCCCACUCGAAUUGAAUCUUAUCAGCAUGCAUGGUAUCCAACACUAGCUACUAGUAGCCAGAUCUAGCGUUUUUUUUUUUCCUUUUUAUUGGUAGCAAAAUGAAUUAAAGAAUAGCAAAGUUUUCGCAUGAAUUCAACCCAGAGGAGUAGAACAUGUUGUAUAAGCUAGGGAUUCUCGCUCGUCGUACCGAUGAUUUCGGUGCUUGCACCAAGCGGCUGGCGAUUCCGCUCUUUUCAUCGUGAUGACACUGAUUCUUCUUGCCUUUCAGUUUGAGGGCUCACAAAUUCUGGAGCAGCAGAGUCAUCGAUUUUCAGGUUGGCCGCCUGGCACUUUGAACUACUCUCCAAUCCGCCGGCCAGUCGUGAAUAAGACGGCCUAUGCGUUCAAUCCAUAAUUUUCAGAGAAUUCUCGGGUUUAUCUGGUAUCUUGUGGUGGCUUCUCUACCGGCCUUGUUUCUUUCUGGCUGUUGUGCGUGCGCCUGCCUUCUCAUUUUCGUUUCCGGUCGCCCUGCUCUUCCUGACGUCGGGCUUACUCGUGCAGCGGCGAUGAGGAAUCAUAUAACCUGGGGCGAGGACUCUGUGGAACCUUCCUUGAGCUUCGACGUGAAUUUAAGUGUUGCCCUCGAGGUUAUGCGUCACUCUCCUUCCCCCUUUCCCGCGAGAGAUCUCUCCAGAAAUUUUCUCAUUUAAAGAGUCCGUUCCAUGCUCGAUCUCCGAGCAAUAUUAUUCCGGGUCUUCUUGCCAUCCGUUCCCCUGUUGGAUUGUAAUCUAAUCACGCCAGGCCCGCCUCCUUGGUUGGGCGUAGCAAGCAAGCAAUGUUGCCGCUUGCUUCUCUGAAUGGCGCGGAGAAGAAUAUGAAUACGCUCACUCUGGUAUCGUUGCCUCUGAUUAUGGUUCACGACGUGUCAUGUCGCAGGUUUACACGAAGCCGUUCACGUUGCUCCCAGUAUCCGCGGUGGAGACCCCAGGGAACCUGUGAGUAGCUAGCCAUCCCGAGCAAGUCCCCUGUCUGGGCAGCGUUGGGCUGUCGUCCCGUCUUUAGUAACUCAGAGUUUGUUUAUUUCUUACGUCUGUCGUCUCACCUCAAAUUCCUCCCCCAACCCGGGCCCCCCCGCUGUGCGCAGGAUCAUGCAAGGCUUGAUCGACAGACUCGUUCCCCAGCUCGUGGAGCAGCUGCUCGAAGAUUAUCGGAGCUGGGUCGAGGAGAGGGUGAAUGUCUGCUAA